GUGCAAAGCAAAAAACCAGCGGCGCAGAGACCAAGCCCAAAAAGCCCACAGCUUUCCUCCCUCUCCCCCUCCCCGGCGCCGCCCAGCUCCUCCACCUCCGUCCCGGCAUGGCGGCGCUGUCCCGCGCGGCCUCCUGCUUGACCCGGCGGCCGCAGAUGCAGCCGUCGAGGCUGCAGGCGGCGAGGGCGAUGGCGUCGUCGCUGUUCGGCCACGUCGAGCCGGCGCCCAAGGACCCCAUCCUCGGCGUCACCGAGGCCUACCUCGCCGACCCCUCGCCCGACAAGGUCAACGUCGGCGUCGGCGCCUACCGGGACGACAACGGCAAGCCCCUCGUACUCGACUGCGUGCGCGAGGCCGAGCGCCGGAUUGCCGGCAACCUCAACAUGGAGUACCUCCCAAUGGGAGGCAGUGUAAAGAUGAUCGAAGAAUCGCUGAAGCUGGCGUACGGAGAGGAUUCCGAACUCAUCAAAGACAAGAGGAUCGCGGCAGUGCAGGCGCUUUCAGGCACUGGUGCCUGUCGGCUCUUUGCUGAUUUCCAAAAGCGAUUCUUGCCCGAUUCGCAAAUCUAUAUACCUACACCAACGUGGUCCAACCAUCACAAUAUUUGGAGGGAUGCUCAAGUGCCACAGAAGACAUACACAUACUACCAUCCAGAGUCGAGAGGGCUUGAUUUUGCAGGAUUAAUGAAUGAUAUCAAGAAUGCUCCAGAUGGUUCGUUCUUUAUGCUCCAUGCAUGUGCUCAUAAUCCUACUGGAGUAGAUCCUACAGAGGAACAAUGGAGAGAAAUAUCCCAUCAGUUCAAGGUGAAAAAACAUUUUCCAUUCUUUGACAUGGCAUACCAAGGGUUUGCCAGCGGUGAUCCAGAGAGAGAUGCUAAGGCAAUCCGAAUUUUCCUUGAAGAUGGACACCAAAUUGGAUGUGCUCAGUCAUACGCAAAGAACAUGGGACUUUAUGGACAGAGAGUAGGAUGCCUGAGUAUUUUGUGUGAUGAUGAGAUGCAAGCAGUUGCUGUCAAGAGCCAACUGCAACAGAUUGCAAGACCAAUGUACAGCAACCCACCUGUUCAUGGUGCACUUGUUGUUUCUAUAAUCCUCAAUGAUCCAGAAUUGAAGAGUUUAUGGUUAAAAGAGGUCAAGGGUAUGGCUGAUCGUAUCAUUGGAAUGCGGACGGCACUUAAGGAAAAUCUUGAAAAGCUAGGUUCAUCUUUGUCAUGGGAGCACAUCACUAAUCAGAUUGGAAUGUUCUGCUACAGUGGGAUGACACCUGAACAAGUUGACAGGUUGACAAAUGAAUUCCAUAUUUACAUGACCCGCAACGGGAGGAUAAGCAUGGCUGGUGUAACGACAGGAAAUGUUGGUUACUUGGCAAAUGCUAUUCACGAGGUUACCAAAUAGAAUUGAGUUUGGCCCUCCUACCCUCGUCGGCCGAUGAAAUGAGGCUUUCAAGUGGCUUUUUUGGUGCCUGACAUAUCAACAUUAUCAUUCUCGAGAAAUAAGUUAAGCCUGUUGGGGCUGUCCAAAGGUGAAUUUCACAUGUACGAGAACUAUAGAUGUGAAACUCCAGUCUUAAGAGCUACAUGAUCCUGUUUCUUUUCUUUUUCUUUCUUUAUUCCCCAUCUUGUCAUGGCAAUUUUUACACUUACCUGCAAAUGGUUGUAGCAUGAUCUACAGUUCUGAAGAAAAUAAAUAUGGCGAAAUUGAGAACCUAA